ACAACCACCUUCUCCAUGGAGGUUUUCGAUAACGAGGUGGUCCCCUCGUCCCUCCAACAAAUUUCUCCAAUCCUUCGUGUUGCAACCGAGAUUCAACAUGACCGGCCCCGGGUUGCUUAUCUUUGUCGGUUUUAUGCAUUUGAGAAAGCCAAUAGGUUAGAUCGAAACUCUAGCGGUCGUGGUGUUCGACAAUUUAAAACUUCGCUACUACAACGUUUAGAGAGAGAUGAUGCCCCAAGUGUUGCUGCUCGUGUCAAAAAGACGGAUGCAAGGGAAAUUGAGAGCUUCUACAAACAAUAUUAUGAAAAAUAUGUCAAGGCACUCGAUCAAGGAGAAAAAGCAGAUAGAGCCCAACUUGGAAAAGCUUACCAGGUGGCUGGGGUGCUUUUUGAAGUUCUCUGCGCUGUUAACAAAUCUGAAAAGGCUGAAGAAGUUCCUGCUGAUAUCAUAGCAUCAGCUAGAGAUGUUGAGGCAAAGCAGGUUAUCUAUGCACCCUACAACAUUCUACCCCUUGAUUCUGCUGGGGAAUCACAAUGCAUCAUGCAGUUUGAAGAGAUUAAGGCACCAGUGUCUGCUCUCAGGAACACACGUGGCUUAAAUUGGCCAACCUCUGUUGAUCAGAACCAACAGAAAUCAGGAGAAUUGGAUCUUCUUGAUUGGCUAAAGGCAAUGUUUGGGUUUCAGAAAGACAAUGUCAGGAAUCAGAGGGAACAUUUGAUCUUGCAACUUGCCCAUCCUCAAGCAAGGCUGAUGCCUAAGCCUGAGCCGAGUAACAAGCUUGAUGAUCGAGCUAUUGAUGUGGUUAUGAACAAGCUAUUCAAAAACUAUAAGAACUGGUGCAAGUUCUUGAGAAGAAAACACAGUUUAAGGCUUCCUCAAGGACGCGAGGAGAUGCAGCAGAGGAAGCUGCUCUACAUGGGACUUUAUCUUCUUAUCUGGGGAGAGGCUGCUAAUGUACGCUUUAUACCAGAGUGUCUGUGCUACAUCUUUCACAACAUGGCAUGUGAACUCCAUAGCUUGUUGGCCGGAAAUGUCAGCAUUGUGACUGGAGAAAAUGUCAAGCCUUCUUAUGGCGGGGAUGAUGAAGCCUUCCUUUGCAAAGUCAUAACUCCAAUUUAUCGAGUCAUAGACAAGGAAACCAAGAGAAGCAAAAACGGGAAGGCCCCCCACUCUGCUUGGUGCAAUUACGAUGAUCUUAAUGAAUAUUUCUGGUCACCAGAUUGUUUUGCUUUGGGUUGGCCGAUGCGUGAUGAUGGCGAUUUUUUUAAAUCGACACGUGACAUGGCACAAGGAAAACAACCAUCUCAAAAGGCUGGUAGCCUUGGGAAAUUAUAUUUUGUUGAGACACGAUCAUUUUGGAAUACAUUCCGAAGUUUUGACCGUUUGUGGACAUUCUUCAUACUAGCUCUUCAGAUUAUGAUUAUCAUUGCAUGGAGUGAUGUUUCAAUAUCGGGUGUUUUUGAGAAGCAGAUGUUAUAUAAUCUAUCCAGUAUUUUCAUUACAGCAGCAUUUCUCCGCUUAUUCCAAAGUAUAUUGGACAUUGUUCUGAACUUCCCUGGAUAUCAUAGAUGGAAGUUCACAGCUGUCUUGAGGAACAUUUUGAAGAUUAUUACUAGUCUUGCAUGGUCCAUCGUUCUUCCACUAUGUUAUAUACACCACAAUGACAACAUCUCAAUUCCCUUUAGGGAAGUCAGAGAUAUUCUUGCUUUUCUUAACCGAUUUGAUGGCAUUCCUUCUCUAUAUCUCUUGGUUGUGGCGUUGUAUUUGCUUCCAAAUGUACUAGCAGCAGCACUAUUCAUUUUCCCUAUGCUUCGACGUUGGAUUGAAAAUUCUGACUGGCUUAUUGCAAGAUUUCUUCUAUGGUGGUCACAGCCCAGAAUCUAUGUCGGGAGAGGAAUGCAUGAAAGUCAAUUUUCUCUUUUAAAGUAUACUCUCUUUUGGGUGGUUCUUCUAAUUGCGAAGUUUUCUUUUAGCUUUUUUGUUCAGAUUAAACCUUUAGUUGAGCCAACAAGAAAUAUUAUGAAAAUCAAACGUGUACAAUAUGCUUGGCACGAAUUCUUCCCACAAGCUGAAAACAACUAUGGAGCGAUUGCUGCACUCUGGCUACCCGUUAUUUUGGUUUACUUUAUGGACACUCAAAUUUGGUAUGCUAUAUUUUCAACUUUGUGCGGUGGUGUUAUUGGGGCCUUUGAUCGUUUGGGAGAGAUACGAACACUGACCAUGCUAAGGUCCCGCUUCCAGUCUAUACCCGGUGCAUUCAGUGCGUAUUUGUUGCCAACUGAUAGGGUUAAAAGAAAGGGAUUUUCUCUGUCUAAACGAUUCGCAGAGGUUACACCAAACAAAAGAACUGAAGCAGCAAAAUUUGCUCAGUUGUGGAACGAACUUGUAUGUAGUUUCCGUGAAGAAGAUUUUAUAAGUGACAGGGAGAUGGACCUGAUGUUAGUUCCUUAUUCUUCAGAUCCCAGCCUUAACCUAAUUCAGUGGCCACCAUUUUUGCUUGCUAGCAAGGUUCCAGUUGCUCUUGACAUGGCAGUUCAAUUUCGAUCCAAGGAUGCUGAUCUCUGGAAGCGUAUAUGUGCUGAUGAAUAUAUGAAGUGUGCUGUUACUGAAUGCUACGAGUCCUUCAAACUUGUCCUGAAUGCUUUAGUUGUUGGACAUAUUGAGAAAAGGAUAAUUGGUAUUAUAAUUAAAGACGUUGAAAGCAACAUCUCAAAGAAUACCUUUCUAACAAAUUUCAGAAUGGGCUCUCUACCUACUCUUCGCAACCAAUUUGUAAAACUGGUGGAAAGUCUGAAAGAGGCUGAUGAAUCUAAGCACAAUACUGUGGUUUUGUUGCUUCAAGACAUGUUAGAAGUAGUUACCCGUGACAUGAUGGUCAAUGAAAUCCGUGAAUUGGUAGAACUAGGACAUGGUAGCAAGGAUUCUGGAACGCAGCUUUUCGAAAAAGCUACAGACUCAAAACCUGCUAUUGCAUUUCCUCCUCCAGUUACUGCCCAGUGGCAAGAACAGAUAAAACGCCUCUAUCUUCUUCUCACGGUAAAUGAAUCCGCAAUGGAUGUGCCUAAAAACCUUGAAGCACGGCGGAGGAUCACAUUUUUCACAAAUUCCUUGUUCAUGGAUAUGCCACGUGCACCUCGAGUGCGUAAAAUGCUAUCAUUCAGUGUCAUGACCCCCUACUAUAGCGAAGAGACGGUCUAUUCGAAGAGUGACCUUGACAUGGAAAACGAAGAUGGUAUAUCAAUCAAAUUCUACCUGCGAAAGAUCUUCCCAGAUGAAUGGGAGAACUUCAUGGAACGCAUCAACUGCAAAGAAGACUCAGACAUUUUUGAAAGCGAUGAAAACAUAUUACAGCUCCGUCAUUGGGUUUCCUUAAGAGGACAGACACUGUGCAGAACAGUUAGAGGGAUGAUGUACUACAGAAGGGCAUUGAAGCUUCAGGCGUUUCUUGACAUGGCUACUGAAAAAGAAAUAUUGGAAGGCUAUAAAGCUGUCACCAUUCCAUCAGAGGAUGAGAAGAGAAGCCAGAGAUCCUUGUAUGCUCAACUAGAGGCUGUUGCUGACAUGAAAUUUACUUAUGUAGCCACAUGCCAAAAUUAUGGAAACCAGAAGCGUAGUGGUGACCGUCGUGCAACAGACAUUUUGAAUUUGAUGGUUAACAAUCCAUCUCUUCGUGUGGCAUAUAUUGAUGAAGUUGAAGAAAGAGAAGGUGGAAAAUCGCAGAAGGUCUAUUAUUCUGUGUUGGUUAAAGCUGCAGAUAAUCUUGAUCAGGAAAUUUACAGGAUAAAAUUACCUGGCUCAGCAAAAAUUGGAGAAGGUAAGCCUGAGAAUCAAAACCACGCCAUAGUAUUUACCAGAGGGGAAGCUCUUCAGACUAUUGACAUGAACCAGGACAACUAUUUGGAAGAAGCUUUCAAAAUGCGUAAUCUGCUUGAAGAAUUUAACGAGGAUCAUGGAGUGAGACCCCCAACAAUUUUGGGUGUCCGUGAACAUAUCUUUACAGGAAGUGUUUCUUCUUUGGCUUGGUUCAUGUCAAAUCAAGAAACGAGCUUUGUCACCAUCGGUCAACGUGUUCUUGCAAGGCCUCUCAAGGUUCGCUUCCACUAUGGGCAUCCUGAUGUUUUCGAUAGGAUUUUCCACAUAACGCGAGGUGGCAUCAGCAAAGCUUCAAAAGGCAUUAACCUGAGCGAAGACAUCUUUGCAGGGUUCAACUCGACGUUGAGACGUGGUAAUAUAACUCACCAUGAAUACAUACAAGUUGGGAAGGGAAGAGAUGUUGGCCUCAACCAAAUCUCACUUUUCGAAGCUAAAGUUGCAUGUGGUAAUGGGGAGCAGACUCUAAGUCGGGAUAUCUACAGAUUAGGCCACCGCUUUGAUUUUUUCCGAAUGUUAUCAUGUUACUAUACGACUACUGGCUUCUAUUUCAGCUCUAUGCUGGUGGUCCUUACAGUGUAUGCAUACUUGUAUGGAAGACUAUAUCUCUCUUUGAGUGGAUUAGAGAGUGCAAUCAUGAAAUCAGCAAGGAUAAGGGGAGAUGCUGCUCUGAAAGCGGUCAUGGCUUCUCAGUCCUUAGUUCAAAUGGGUCUUUUGAUGGCAUUGCCGAUGGUGAUGGAGAUUGGACUAGAGAGAGGAUUCAGAACCGCAAUGGGUGACAUGAUCAUUAUGCAGCUCCAACUAGCAGCUGUCUUCUUUACAUUCUCCCUUGGGACAAAGCUUCACUAUUUUGGGCGCACGAUUUUGCAUGGUGGGGCCAAGUACCGAGCCACUGGACGUGGGUUCGUGGUGAGACAUGAGAAGUUUGCGGAAAACUACAGAAUGUACUCGAGGAGCCAUUUUACGAAAGCAAUGGAGUUGUUCAUUUUGCUUGUGAUUUAUCAGGCAUAUGGGUCUGCAGCAGCGAGUGGCUCGGAUUUCUUCAUGUUAACCUUAUCGAUGUGGUUUCUAGUGGUUUCUUGGUUGUUUGCUCCUUUCCUUUUCAAUCCUUCGGGAUUUGAGUGGCAGAAGAUAGUGGAGGACUGGGAAGAUUGGUCAACGUGGAUCAGUAAACGUGGUGGCAUUGGUGUUCCCGCUAACAAGAGCUGGGAGUCAUGGUGGGAGGAGGAACAAGAACACCUCCAGUACACGGGUCUCAUUGGACGGCUAAUGGAAGUACUUCUCUCUCUCAGAUUCUUCAUCUACCAAUAUGGAAUUGUUUAUCAGCUUAAAGUGAGCCAAAGCGAUAAAAGCAUCAUGAUCUAUGGUCUAUCUUGGCUUGUAAUUCUUGCGGUUAUAGUCAUCUUGAAGAUCAUAUCGAUGGGUAGGAAGAAGUUCAGUGCUGAUUUCCAGCUGAUGUUCCGACUGCUAAAGUUUUUCCUGUUUGUUGGAUUGGUGGGGACACUUGUCGUUCUCUUCCAAUUCCUGGGACUUACCGUUGGAGACAUUUUCGCAAGCUUACUCGCAUUCAUGCCAACUGGAUGGGCAAUCUUGCAGAUAGGACAAGCAUGCAGGCCAGUGGUGAAGGGGUUGGGAAUGUGGGGGUCGGUGAAAGCGUUGGGGAGAGGGUACGAAUAUAUGAUGGGGGUCAUGAUCUUCGCUCCAGUAGCCAUACUUGCAUGGUUCCCGAUGGUGUCUGAUUUCCAAACUAGGCUUCUUUUCAACCAAGCGUUCAGCCGAGGGCUGCAGAUCCAACGAAUUCUAGCCGGCGGCAAGAAAAACAAGUAG